CCACGGCGCUGGGACAAGCGGGACGCGUGGGGGAACUCGCGACGCCAGCUGGCGGCUGCGAACGCGGCGGCCCGGCCUGCUAAGGUCCGAGAGGAUGGCGUGAGGGCAGCUUGAAGCCAGAGGCGUGUGUGCGCGGCCCCGCGGGGCGUGAGUUAGAGGCCACGAGUUGCUGCGGCCCCAGGCGGCGAGCCUGGCCCAGAAAGCGGCCCCUGGCGGCGGCCGCAGAGUAGCGGCGGGGGCGCAAAGGAGCCCCGGCAUUAAGAGCAGGCGGCGCUACGCGGGGCGCUCCGGAAGUGACGUAAGGAAGGGCGCCGAGUACCCAGCCAUGGCGCAGAAGGCCGAGGAACGGCCGCCGGAGGAAACCCUGUCGCUCUGGAAACGGGAGCAAGCUAGGCUGAAGGCCCGCGUGGUAGACCGCGACACGGAGGCGUGGCAGCGGGACCCCGCCUUCUCGGGUCUGCAGAGGGUCGGGGGCGUUGAUGUGUCCUUCGUGAAAGGGGACAGGGUCCGCGCCUGUGCCUCCCUGGUGGUGCUCAGCUACCCCGAGCUCGAGGUGAUGUACGAGGACAGCCGCAUGGUCAGCCUGACGGCCCCCUACAUAUCGGGCUUCCUAGCCUUCCGAGAGGUGCCCUUCCUAGUGGAUCUGGUGCAACGGCUGCAGGAGAAGGAGCCAGACCUCAUACCCCAGGUCCUUCUUGUGGAUGGAAAUGGGGUGCUCCACCACCGAGGCUUUGGGGUGGCCUGCCACCUUGGCAUCCUUACAGAGCUGCCCUGUAUUGGGGUAGCCAAGAAGCUUCUACAGGUGGAUGGGCUAGAGAACAAUGCUUUGCACAAGGAGAAGAUUCAACUCUUGAAGGCUGGGGGAGAUGCAUUUCCUCUGACAGGAGAUUCUGGGGCCAUCCUGGGAAUGGCCCUGAAGAGCCAUGACCACAGCACCAAGCCACUCUAUGUCUCUGUGGGUCACAAGAUGAGCCUGGAGGCAGCUGUGCGCCUGACCCACUGCUGCUGCAAGUUCCGGAUCCCAGAGCCUGUGCGCCAGGCUGAUGUCCGCUCUCGAGAGUAUAUCCGCAGGACUCUGGGACACUCUGGACCACCUCUACCAGGGCAGGAGAGGAGCCAGAAGGUGCAGAGACCAAAGGUAUGCCCCAAAGAAGACUCUGAAGCACCCAAAGGAGAGGACAGUGAGGACCACAGCAGAGGCCUCAUGACAAACCUGGAAGCCCCACAGUCAGGCUCCCAAGAGCAGCAGAGCAAGGGUGGGCAGUCUGGAGGAACUGAGCACCAUGAAAACUCAGGCUGCCAGCCUCCCACUGCACCUGGGACAGUAUCCAACCUGGGGAGUCAGUCUCUAGGGACUAGGAAACCUCCCCCCACAGCCAUGGGUACCACACCAGACCUCAAAGACACACUGACCAAAACCCAACAGGACGCAGCAGGCACAGUGCAACCCUGAUAGAAGGCUGUUCCAGCCUCUCCUUUGAAUACGAUCUGCCUGUGCCUGUUGUUUUUAUUCUCAGGGUUCAUUUUUUUACACCAGUCCCUGCUACCCAUGAUAAGCACCUCUGCGGCUGAAGGGCUCCAAGCUUCAUGGCCAGGCUUUGGUCCCCACUGAGCCUGGCCUCCAGUCUGCCUGCUGCUGCACACACUGGGCCAUGGUGGGGAGGCAGGAGGUGUUGAGGUUGCAGGAAGUCAGUUGAGGCCUAUGGCCCCUGGGCCAGAGAACUGACCGUGCCUCUGUUCCUGCUGACCUUGUCCCCCUGGCAACCUCAGAACCCUGCCUGCUGGGAAGCAGCUCUGUUCCUGCCCAGUCUGCCUGCUUCCUCCAGGUGGCCUUGAAGUGGCAGCUAAGAGGUCAGCCCAUCUUCAAUGAGAUCUCAGUUUGAGUCUUUCCUCCACACCCCCAGACUCUAGGCUCCCCAAAGUGGAGUUCGCAAGUUGGGAAUGGCUGGCUGCCAAAUCCUGUGUGCCCCCUGACCCCAGCUCUGAAUCAAGAUAGAAGGUGGAUCCUAGUACAGAUGGAGGGAAGGAAGGAGGGAAGGGAGACAGACAUGGAAAGUGGGUUAGCAAUGGAGGGGCAGAGGUGUGGAGGGAGACUUGGCCACAUGCCAGGAGUGAUGGGCUCUAGCUGAUCCCAAGGGACAGUUCUCCCACGGCAUCCAGACCUGACCGGGUAUGACUGAACUGCCAGGUGUUCCACCUGAGCCAGUGCAAUGGAGUCAGGACUCCUGGGUGCAGGUCUUCUGCAGCCUCUGUUUUCUCAUCAGGACUUGGGGGGCCCCAGACAUGAACAUAAGUGUAAGGUCUUGGACACCCUAUAAGUGAAGCGUGUGUCAGUGGGAGCCUGGACCCAGGAACAAAAUAUCAGUGGGAAGAGGGGAAGUGGCUUGCCACUAAGCACCUGAUAUGUGGAUUUGCAGAGGUAUGUGUGAGGGAUAGCAGAACCGCAGUGGAAUUCCCCAGCACUAUCCCCCUAAAACUUCCAAAUGUCAACAGCCCAAGUAGGCUAUUCGAGGCUCUCUAGGGGUGCCCCUCCACUGAGCUUGGCUUUGGGCACAUCCUCUAUGGGGAGCAGGAAGCCAGGAGUCCUUCAGCAUUGCUAUGGGGAGGGCUAAUUCUUCCUAACUCCAGGGUUCACACCUCUCUGCGACCCCUUCCCACACUGGUCACCAGGCCCACUGAGGCACAGGUGGUACAGGUGCCUGCCUCUGAGGCAGACGUGGAGAAGGCAGGGCCUUGGGGUGCAGGGGACCUGAGCAAGGAGAUGCUGGCCACAAGGACCUGGCAGUGCCUGGAUUCUUGCCUGCUGCCCCCAGGUACUCACAGGAUGGGAAAACA